UUCCCGAACCGACGUUUUUCACGGGUAUUUAAUCUAUAUGGCUCUAUAAAGAGAAAAACAAAAAUAUUUUCACACGUUUCGUGAAUUUUACGCUUUAUAAAGUGAAAAUUCCUCUCACAUGGCUCAAAAACCGAGAAAACUUGCACACAUCAAGCCUUCCAAGUACGAGGGCUCGUCGGUGUUGCAUAGCAACAAGGAGUAUUGGAGCAAGGUCUUUGAACAGAUCGACAAAAACACUGAGAAUCCUAUACCUAAAGUGCUGCCCAGUGAACUAAGCGAAAGAGUCUGUGAGAUUCUCGGCAUUGGAAUUAAGGCGGAGAAGUCUUCUAAAAUUAAUAAAAGCCACAUACAACCGCAGAGGAGAAUAAUAAAGGAGCCAUAUUUGUCAUUUAGGAAACAACUGCACUUAGACAGGGAGUGGCAGUCUGACACUGAAGUAGAACUGGCAUCCGAUGAUGAAGAAGAUAAAAAGGAAGAUGUUCAUAGGGAGUUUCUAAAGAAACCUAUACGCGAACAAAUAACCUGGGCAACUCAUUACUUGGAACCCGAGAAAGAGCACGAGAAAAGUCUCAUCAGACGAGCAGAUGAUUUGACAGAUAGGAUCGCUAAAGAGUUUAGUGACUACAUGAAGCAGCUAGGUGGAGAUCAACAGUCUCAUUUAUUUGACACCAAAACUAUCAAGGAACUUUUUCAGAUAGAAUUUGAUACACACGUAUCCCGAGGACUUCAAGUUGUGCCAAAAGAGCUGCCGACAGUCGAAGAAAAAGUCGCAGUAGCCACAGGGAAUGUUCAGAAAUCUCGCUCGGCCGCUCUUCAGAGGGAGAUAUCGAAGGAUAUUCGGGCGGAAAAGCGGCCAGAUUUAUUUUUGGCGUUCGGCAGAAGUGUACCACAGCAAGACCAGUGGAGGAAUCCACGCAACGAUACUAGAAGCUUGUGGAGGUCGGCACGGCAUGUGCCUCGUGACCUGGUUACGCUGAAGACCGUUUGGGACGGAAUUACUCAUUUGAGGAGCGUGAAAGAGUACUGCCGGUGGAUGAUAGAGCACCCGGAGCACAAGCGGCCCCCGUACCUCACGAGUCUGGGGAUGUUCGACCCGGCGGUGCUGGACGCGCGACUCACGCUGGAGAUGGACCACCAGGUUCCCCGACUGACCCUCACCGAAGCUCCCGCCCCCGUCGAUCACAUCAGGAGAAGAUUGUCCGAGUUGCUCGAAUAGCCGCUCGCGCUAUACAUUUUGAAGCAAACUCUAUACAAGAAUUUUUUAACCCGUUUCCUCAAUUGAAAAGAAAAUCAAAGCUAUAUGAAUACAAUAUAAAAAACUUU